GUGGGCUGCAGAGUGCAGAGACGUUCUGACAACGUGAGUUUGUGUUGAUCUUUUUUGUCCAACGUGCUUUUUGUCACAAGUCGGCGUAUCCGUGUAAAGAGCAGCAGAUGAAGCUUUGAGCAUGGCUCUCAAUCGGUCCAUGCAUCCUCGGAACCGGUAUAAGGACAAGCCUCCGGACUUUGCUUACCUGGCUUCAAAAUACCCGGACUUCCAGCAGCACGUGCACACCAGCCUGGCAGGGAGACCUGUCGUGAACUUCAAAGAGCCGGAGGCGGUGCGGGCGCUGACCUGCACCCUGCUGAAGGAGGACUUCGGCCUGACCAUCCAGAUCCCCCUGGAGCGCCUCAUCCCCACCGUGCCGCUCCGCCUCAACUACAUCCACUGGGUGGAGGACCUGACCGACGGCCAGAAGCAGCCGCGCCGCGGCAUUGACAUCGGCACCGGGGCGUCCUGCAUCUACCCCCUGCUGGGGGCCACCAUGAACGGCUGGUACUUCUUGGCCACGGAGGUGGACGACAUCUGCUUCGACUACGCCACCAAAAACGUGGAGCAGAACAAUCUGUCGGAGCUCGUUAAAGUGGUCAAAGUCCCGCAGAAGACGCUGCUGAUGGACGCCUUGAAGGAGGAGACGGAGAUCGUCUACGACUUCUGCAUGUGCAACCCGCCUUUCUUCGCCAACCAGCUGGAAGCCAAGGGGGUGAACUCCAGGAACUCGCGGCGGCCCCCCCCCAGCUCGGUGAACACGGGCGGGGUGACGGAGAUCAUGGCGGAGGGCGGGGAGCUGGAGUUCGUCAAGAGGAUCAUCCACGACAGCCUGCAGCUGAAGAAGCGCCUUCGGUGGUACAGCUGCAUGUUGGGUAAGAAGUGCAGCCUGGCGCCUUUGAAAGAGGAGCUGAGGAAGCAAGGGGUCCCUAAAGUGACCCACACGGAGUUCUGCCAGGGCCGGACCAUGCGCUGGGCGCUGGCCUGGAGCUUCUAUGACGACGUCAGCGUGCCGUCUCCUCCCAGUAAGAAGCGGAAGCUGGAGAAGUCCCGGAAGCCGCUGUCCUUCACGGUGCCGGAGGCGGGAGUGAAGGAACUCCAGGCCAAGGCGGCGGCGGCGGGCUGCAGCGGACCGGUGGACACUGUGACGUCUCUGCUGGAGAAGACGCUCACCGAGCUGAAGGUGCUGCACAAGCGGCUGCCGUGCAGCACCGAGGAGCGGAGCCUGUUCCUGACAGCUGUGGAGAACACCUGGAUCCACGGCCGGCAGAAGAGACGAGAGCAGACGCGUCAGUUGCGAGAGCUUCCCAGAGCUCCCCACGGCGCUGGAGCCGCCGCCGCCACGCCUCCACCCGUCAUCAGCAGCAGCGCCGAGGCCAGGAGCUCCGCCACAACCGAGCCGAGCGAACAGGUGGAACCGACCGAGGGGGGAGAGGCGGACGCAGAACCACAGCGGGAGGACGAGUCUCUGUCGCCGCCCCCGCCCAGCCCCACCUCCACCCUCAACUUCCUGUUCAAGUGUCUGCUGAACGUGCAGAUGGAGGAGGCGGACGUGCUGGUGGAGCUGCACUGGGUGGACGGACAGAACAAAGACCUGAUGAACCAGCUGCGCACCUACCUGAACAACACGCUUCUGAGGUCCGUCUCCAAGUCCUGAACCGCCAGCACAGCUCCUCACGGCGCUGCGCCAGUUUUAAACUGUUUAUGGACUCGUCCGGAGAAGUUUUGAUAAACUGUGGAACAAUUAUGAAGCAGUUUUUAGUCCGGUUCUAUUUAGGUUUUACUGUGUUCACACUGUACACCAGUAUCGUGUCCCCAAAACUGUCAAAUUUUUGAAAUAAAUUUUUUUUUUUUUUAAAUUCUGACUGGUUUUGUUUUGAAUCGUCACAGUAUUUUACUAUUUGAGACUGAAAAGUGUCACCAGAUUAUCAGAUUUUUAUUUCUGAUCAAACCAGUGCAACUUUGUUACACUGAGAAAAAUAAAUCUAACUGAAAUCAAUCUACCAAUAAAUCUCAUACAAAAAUAUUCUUCUCAUCAAAUAUGUAAAACUUAUGAAAGUGAAAAAUAGUUGGGUUUUACU